CCAGCUCUGCAGCUCAUCGCAACAGCGAAGCCAAACGGAAAACAAACCAUGGGCUCGAGAAACGAGGACCAAAGCCCACCGCACCAUCAGCCUCUUCUCAGCAGCCUCGUCGUCCGCCCCUCCACCAGCGACGGCGACGUCGCUCACGAGCGUCCUCCGCCUCAGUACGCUCGUCCCGAUCGUUACGCCGAUAGCCCCGGAUAUAAAAUACGUGGUGGCUCUGCUUCUCCUGUGUGUCGUAGGGAUACAAAUCAUCAUUACAGUUCUGAGUAUGGUCGUUCAGGUGGACCACAACACAGUCGUGGGUUUGGCGGUGCACGGGAUCCUGGUCGAUUACGAGACAACUCACCUUAUGCUCGAGGAGGAAGGGGUGCCGGCAGACCAACUGGUAGAGAACUAGAUGGGCCACGGUGUGGUCUGGGGCCGUUUAGAGGUGAAGGAAGUAGAAACAAUCCAAAUGUGCGCCCACGGGAAGGAGACUGGUUUUGCUCUGAUCCUUUAUGUGGCAACUUGAAUUUCGCAAGGCGGGACCACUGUAACAGCUGCAACAAGUUCCGGGAUGGACCUAGGGGAACUCCUCGAAGGGGAUAUCCUGGCCCACCGCCUCCAAAUUCUCCACCGAGACGUUUCCCUGGUCCUCCAAUUGAUCCUCCCCCUGGAAGGCCCUUGAAUGGCUAUAGGUCUCCUCCUCGUGGUUGGGCUAGAGAGGACCCCAGAGAGUUUGGUGCUGGGCUGCCACCUUCGAGGCAUGAAGGCAGGUUUCCUGACCACCAAAUGCGAAGAGAUUGGUUGGAUUACUCAGACAACUACAGAGGAAGGACCAAGUUCGACAGGCCAAUGCCUAUGGAUAGAGGUGAUAGAGGUCGCAGGAGGGAUAGUUUCUUUGAAAGGAAAGCAUUUGAAAGGCGACCACUGUCUCCCCCUUCACCACCACCAGCACUUCCUCCUUACCGUGGCCAUUGGGCGCAUGAUGCUAGACAGAGAAGCCGUUCACCAUUAAGGGGAGGCCUGCCUCCUAAAGACUAUCACCGGCCUAUGUACAUGGAUCGGGGAAGAGACGAUCGGCGUGGAAUGGGGCGAGACCGAAUUGGAGGUGCAUAUUAAAAGGUGUGCCUGGAACACGUUUUGCAGUUGUAAUUUCCUCUUCACCAUGUCUGUAAUUUUGUCUUCAGAAUGUGAGGGAGGUUGAACUUAGGAUUUAGUAUGCUGUUCAGUUUAUUCACCGACUCUAUUUACAUGCUCUCAUGUGACUCACGUUUUGCGGGCGGUGUUGUCGAUAUGGAGUAUUCAGUACUACCUAUUUGCUUUGUGUGUCAAUAUCGUACUUGUUCUUCUGGAAAGGAUGCUUGGACAUGUCAUGAGUAGUCCUGA